CAAAAACGCAAAGCGUCAACAAAACAGUCCUUUUCGAUUCUCAUCGGCCGUCAAGUGAUUUUGUUUGUCAUUCCUGCAAGUAGUUCGAGAGCCCGAUUGAAUCCGGUUGAUUUUGUUCUUUUCAAACGCCAGAAAAAUGGAAACUUUAAUGGGAAUUCGUGGUCCGGACUUUGUGAUGUUGGCCGCGGACUGCACACACGCCCAUUCGAUCAUGGUUCUCAAGGACGAUGAGAAUAAAAUUUACAAGAUUUCCGAUAAUUUGAUGAUGGCGACGAUUGGGGAAGCCGGAGAUCGAGUCCAGUUCACGGAGUACAUCAGUAAGAAUAUUCUGCUCUACAAGAUGCGCAAUGGAUACGAACUGGGGCCGAAGUCGGCUGCUCAUUUCACCCGGAAGAAUUUGGCCGACUAUCUGCGAUCCCGCACUCCAUACCAGGUCAACGUAUUGGUUGGAGGCUAUGACGAAGCCGAUGGUGCUCAGCUGCAUUACAUCGACUAUCUGGCCAACUCGCUACCAGUAAAAUAUGCUGCCCACGGUUACGGCGGAUUGUUCGUGUCCAGUAUUUUGGACCGGUACCACCACGCAAAAAUCACCCAAGAUGAGGCGUACGAAAUUCUGAAGAAGGGGGUGGCCGAAAUCCAGAAGCGCCUGAUCAUCAACCUACCGAACUUCAAGGUGUCCGUCAUCGAUAAAGAUGGCAUCAAGGAACUGAAGGAUAUCACGGCUGAAAGCUUGAAGGAAGAACCGGUGGCUGCUUGAAUCUUGGAGGGGAAGUAAGGGUAAGCUGUUCGGAUCCAUUUCUAGGGUGGAAUAAUAAAUUUGGAUUUACAUUUAUACGUGGAAA